AUGCUUGCGAUAAGACCACCUUUGGAUAGAGCGAUAUGCCCAGCGUGUAGGUUGUUCUCCUCCCUUUCAAGGAUCUCUUGCCCGUCAGAGCCCUCGACAAGUCAAAACACAUCAAGAUCAAUCAUCUUCAAUUCACCUAUAUACAAUCCACCUUCGUCAAGUACUUCUAUCAAGCCCCUGAAAUACCUUCGACGGGAGUACGAGCAUGGUCCAGAUAUAAGAGGGAAACUAAAGGAGAAAGAGACAUUAAUCAAAGAUGAUCCAUAUCAUGUUAUGCUCAAUUCACCUAUUAGGCAAUGUAUAGUAACCCGCCAGAAACUCCCAUCAGCGUUUAUGGUAAAUCUCCGUCCGACCUAUUUCCCUCCUUCCUCAAAAGACUCAACAGGAUCGCUCAAACUCCUACCCGAUCGGAUAAUCACAAGGGGCAGGACAAAGAAAGGUAAAGGACUGUGGGUAAGCUGUCAUAGCACAGUGAUACAGCAUUUGUUGAGUGAUAAAGGUCCACAUAUAGGAACCUUACGAACUUUCCCUUCGAUUACCAUUCCAACUAAUAUCAAAACCAUCAUACAUACACAAUUACUACAAAGGGUUCAUAAUGAAUUAGAAUGGUUGUCCAACCAUCUAUCAAAUCUAUCACCUCGGGCUGGAAUAUCAGAUUCCUCUCCUUUGUCCUCUUCUUCAGAUCCAAAUCUCAAGGAGAUAAGACAUAGACCGAUAUUAAGGAGGUUGAAGAGCCUUGAAGCUUCUCAUAUAAACAAUCAAAGUGGUCAUGGGCAUUCCCUAGCGCAGAUACAACGUGAAGGCGAGAUCAUAGCGUUACUGGAUAUCUCAGGUCUAUCCUCGACCUCGACCUCAAGCUCACCCUCUGGGCUCAUCUCAAGCUCAGCUUCGGUUUUGGAAGAUGCGAUUGAUAUCCCCCUCGUAUCGAUUCAAGGUAAAUCCAUACCCUUAUACAACCUCUCUACCUUAUUUCCUCAAUCGCUCCAUCAACAUCUCAACUCGAAUAUCAAAAAGGUCUUAUCCAUCCAACGCAAACUCAAAAGACGUACUACGAUGUCCCGUCCGAGAAUCCAAGGAGAAGAGAUGAGAUCCAAGUCGGAUCAUUCCAAGUCGGAUCAUUCAGAUGUAAUAGCUUUAUGCAACUAUCCUUCUGGAUCGUUCGAUCGUACACAGAAGCAAAGAGGUAUAGUCGGUAUACCGUUGUUUGUAGCUUUAUGGAGGUUGAGGUGUUUUAUAGGUCAAGGGUGGGUGGGUUGA